AGGUCUUAUUCACAGCUAAUUCGAGCCUAUUUUUUGAAAGAAUUAUUUUAAGUUUUGCAAAUUCAGGAAGAGUGUUGUUCCGUUGUAACCGAUUCUAAAGAUGUCAGGUCGUGAACUAACAGGAGAGAAACUAUCAGAUUCUGAGUGCAUAGAAGAAGAGCCACGGCGUUCUAGAAUUGGGAAUUUGAAGAAGAAGGCUAUUACUUGUUCAAGUAAACUUACACAUCCUUUGAAGAGAAAAGGCAAACGUAAAAUCGAGCUUCCUUUGAUUGAAGAUGUUAGGGAUGAGAAAGAUGAGAAGAUUGUUUCCAAAUUGCGUCAAGAACUUCUUAAGAAAGAUUUGUUGCCUCCAAUGCAUGAUGAUUAUCAUAUGUUGUUGAGGUUUCUGAAAACAAUGGAAUUUAAAAUCGAGAAAACUGUCACUGCAUGGGAAGAAAUGCUCAAAUGGAGGAAAGAAUUUGGAACCGAUCGCAUUAUACAGGAUUUCAAUUUCAAAGAGUUGGACCAAGUCACACGGCACUAUCCUCAAGGGUAUCAUGGAGUUGAUAAAGAUGGGAGACCUAUUUAUAUCGAGAGACUUGGAAGAGCUCAUCCUGGUAAGCUUAUGGAGGUAACUACCAUAGAGCGAUAUUUGAAGUACCAUGUACAAGAAUUUGAGAGGACACUUCAAGAGAAGCUCCCUGCGUGUUCAGUUGCAGCUAAGCGACGAGUCACUACAACAACUACGAUACUAGAUGUUGAAGGCUUGGGUAUGAAGAACUUUACUCCUACAGCUGCUAAUCUCCUGGCCACCAUUGCUAAAGUGGAUUGCAAUUAUUACCCUGAGACUUUGCACCGAAUGUUCAUUGUCAAUGCAGGGAUCGGAUUCAGGAAUUUUCUUUGGCCUGCCGCACAGAAGCUUGUUGAUCCGAUGACUAUUGCAAAGAUACAACUCGUACAUCACAUGGAAGUUAAUCUCGUACCGCAAAUCACAACAGCUCCUCUUCAUAUAAGAGAUUAUGAUUCUUCCACUCACAUGAUCCCGCGAAAAGAAAGGUGUAACAAAACUUUUAAAGAAGAGCCAGAAUCUGAAGAAUAUUACUCUUCCACUGGGUCAAGAUCUUCAAUGUACACUUGUAUAGUUCCUCCACUUUCCGAUAAGGCUAGUACAUCAGACGGUGAUAAAAUCAUUACUACCGUGGAAUCUAUAGAACCGGCUCAAUCCCAUUUACUUAACGCGGACACCGAAAACUCUUUUGCAAAUACAUCCAUAAGAGAAGGUGGUCAUAUUUUACGGUUUGGUGCUCUUAGAGAGAAAAUCAACGGCGAGAACAUCUUUCACUUGGUGAAAAUACUAUUAGUUUUUCCGCUGAAGCUAUUUUCUCUCUUUGGUUUCCUAUUGCCUGGAUACUGGCAAAGACGAAACCAUGUCGUUGUCCCAGAAUCGUCGUUAAACAACCAGGUUCUUGAGUGUUUAGAACGUCUUAAGAAGAUGGAGAAAGAAUUCACAGAAAUUUGUAGAAAACCAGUAAAAAUCCCAGAAGCAAAUGAGAAGCUAUUAACGGAAUCUCUCGAGAGGAUCAAGUCUCUAGAACUCGAUCUCGACAAAACCAAAUCAGUGUUACAUAUAACAUUAACAAAACAACUUCAGAUCACAGAACAGCUUGAAUCUCAUUACCAAGAACUAGUCUUCAAAGUCGUCUUCUUGAAAUCAGAUCUCUUCGUGACUUCUCCUGUAACCAAAAAAGAACCAUGGAGCUCCUCUCUAGAGCUCUUUUCUUCUUUCUUCUACUCUCAAUUCUUUCUUCUUUCUCAUCUUCAAGUUUCAUUUCAGAUGGUGUGUUCGAAUCUCAGACUUUGGGUCUUGGAAGAAACCUGCUUCAGACCAAGAAAAGCAACAUGUCCUGUGAACUUCGAGUUUAUGAACUACACGGUCAUAACCAGCAAAUGCAAAGGUCCCAAAUACCCACCAAAGGAAUGCUGCGGCGCCUUCAAGGACUUUGCGUGUCCUUACACUGACCAGCUCAACGACCUUAGCUCAGAUUGUGCAACCACUAUGUUCAGUUACAUCAAUCUCUAUGGAAAAUACCCGCCUGGACUUUUCGCUAACCAGUGCAAAGAAGGUAAAGAAGGUCUCGAGUGCCCUGCCGGAUCCCAGUUGCCUGCACAAUCAACAUCAGACGUAAACGCAGCAACUACCUCUUCGUCCCGUCUUUGGCUGACCAUUUCCGCAGCUCUAUUGGUUUUUAUUAAGUUGUUCUGAGGCUGAAAAAGCCGGAUUUCUGCAAUGAUCUUGUAACAACCUGAGGAAGAGAAUGUAUGUAUAUCCACGAUUUGUUUUACUGUUUGAACUAUCUCAUUCUUUUGUUAUUAGGGAGUUCAAAAAAAUUCUAAAUGAUAA